AUGUCUCUCUCCAAAGACACCAAGCAAGAGAGCCAGCCCUCCGACAUCGAGAAACUCGGUGGCGAUCCGGCCCAUAUUGCGGAGCUUGCCUUGCCCGACUUCGAUGACCCCAACAUCGACAAGAAUGAGGCGCUUGCUGGAAUCUUGGAGGACGAUUCGCCAUACCCGGAAGUUCGGUCUGCCGUAGCUAACACUGAUGACCCCAGCAUUCCUUGCAACACUUUCCGUGCUUGGGUACUUGGACUCGUCUGGGCUAUUAUCAUCCCUGGGCUCAACCAGUUUUUCUUCUUCCGUUAUCCUUCCGUCACUGUUACAGGGAUUGUUGGCCAACUGUUAAUCUUCCCUCUAGGAAGAGCAUGGGCUCGCCUCCUUCCAAACGUAAAGAUAUUUGGUGUCGAAAUUAACCCAGGUCCCUUCACCAUCAAGGAGCACGUACUUUCUACAAUCAUGGCCUCUGUCGGUUAUUCCAGUGCCUAUGCCACGGACAUUGUCGCUGUCCAGAGAGUAUACUACAACCAAACAUUCAAUUUCAGCUACCAAUGGAUGGUUGUUAUGUCGACCCAGCUUAUUGGGUUCUCUGUUGGAGGUAUUGCUCGACGAUUCUUGGUCCAACCCCCGUCGAUGAUCUGGCCUACCAAUCUGGUUACAUGCGCACUUUUCAAUACCUUGCAUGCCCAAACAUAUGCUGGUGUGGGUAACCGCGGGGGUAUCAGCCGAGAGCGUUUCUUCUUCUACGCUUUCGCCGCCUCUGCUAUUUGGUACCUUCUCCCCGGAUAUCUCUUCCAGGCUCUCAGCUACUUCUCUUGGGUAUGCUGGAUUGCCCCCGACAAUGUUCCUCUGAACGAGAUGUUCGGUUAUGUCCACGGUAUGGGUAUGAGUCUCAUUACUUUCGACUGGGCCCAGAUUGCGUACAUUGGAUCUCCCCUUGCAACGCCUUGGUGGGCUGAAGCCAACAUCGUCGCUGGAUUCGUAUUCUUCUUCUGGUUUCUCACACCCGUUCUCCACUUUACCAACACCUGGAGCAGCAAGUAUAUGCCCAUCUCUUCUCGUGGAUCCUUCGAUAACACUGGCAGCACCUACAACGUCACCAGGAUCACCAACCCAGACACGACUUUCAACCAAGAGGAAUAUGAUGCCUAUAGCCCUUUGUUCAUCUCUACCACCUUUGCCAUUUCUUACGGCCUGUCGUUUGCUUCGAUCACGGCCACCCUCACCCACGCAUUCCUGUAUUUCCGCAAGCAAAUUUGGACUCAGGCUCGCCGUGCUAUGCAUGAACAGCCAGAUAUCCAUGCUCGUUUGAUGUCACAUUAUCCCCAGGUCCCUGAAUGGUGGUAUGCUGUAAUCUUCGUUGUCAUGUUCGUAUUUGGUGUUGUCUCUAUUGAAGUUUGGGAGACUAAAUUCCCUGUCCAAUGGUUCAUCCUUGCUCUCGUGAUUGCCUUCUUCUACGUUAUUCCCAUUGGAAUGAUUCAGGCCAUUACGAAUCAACAAGUCGGUCUCAACGUCAUCACAGAGUUGAUCAUUGGUUACGGUCUUCCUGGUCGCCCUGUCGCCAUGAUGAUGUUCAAGACUUGGGGUUACAUUACCAUGGCUCAGGCACUGACAUUCACGUCCGACUUCAAGCUUGGCCAUUACAUGAAGAUUCCUCCCAGGGCAAUGUUCUGGGGUCAGGUUGUUGCAACCGUCAUUGCUGGAACUGUUCAACUGGGUGUUCAAGCGUGGAUGUUCACCAACAUCCCUGACAUGUGCACACCUGGCCAGAAGGAUGGCUUCAUUUGCCCCAGCACAGAGACCUUCGGCACCGCCAGUGUUAUUUGGGGAGUUAUUGGACCUGCUAGGCAAUUCUCCAAGGGCCAGAUCUACUAUGCGCUCUGCCUUUUCUUCAUCGUUGGCAUUGUGUGCCCAGUCAUCACUUAUCUCCUGAGCCUGAAGUUCCCCAACAGCUGGCUCCGCUACCUCAACUUCCCUGUUAUCUUUUCCGGCACUGGUCUCAUUCCUCCCGCGAGUGCCGUCAACUACGUACCUUGGGCAAUUGUUGGAUUCAUCUUCCAAUACGUCAUCCGAAGGCGCCACUUCUCAUGGUGGACUAAAUACAAUUAUGUCCUCUCUGCUGCUCUCGACUCUGGUGUUGCUGUUAGCGCGGUCCUUAUUUUCUUCAUUCUACAAUAUCCCAAAAACGGUUCCAUCGGUAUUGGUCUUCAGAACUGGUGGGGAAAUACCGUCAUGUGGAAUACUGCAGAUGGUACAUCCAAAACACUGCUGACAGUAGCAGACGGCGAGUUCUUUGGACCUAGGACCUGGCAUUGA